AUGUCAGGCGAACCAUUCGACCAUUCAUCCGAUGGUCGUGAACGAUGUGGUAUCCUACGAGUCCAUGCUCGUGUUCUUGACGACAUUGACUGUGAAGCAGCUCCAAAUUCAAACAUUCAUAUGCGAUUCAUAUGCGAAAGAGAGCAGAACGUUCAUAAAGAGCAACAAAAGUCACAAAACUUCAUUUGGUCAAAGUUGGAGAGGCUAUUAGAAUAUUUUGGAUUCACUAACACAAGUUCACCUGAUCCGAAACCAGAAAAGCAUGCAAAUGCUAGCGAAGAUUACAUCGAUGAAGUGAAGAAGCUGAAAAUCUCCUCAAAGGAAAAAGAAGAACUGAAGAAUAUCAAAAUUGAUCAUGACAAUUCCAGUGAAGAGCAGCAAGCAGUUGAAUCUGCGUUGAAAAUUCUAAACAAAGUAAACAAGCCAGGAGAAUCCGUAGUGUCUACUAUUCCUGAUGCAGAAGAAGAAGAAACAUCACGACCAGGUUCACAAGAGGAUCGACCCAAUUCAAGCACUGAAUUACUUUCUGGCCCAACUACGUCAUCCAUCCAAGCAAAAGGAACAUCUGCCGAAGCGACUUCUCAACCCGAAGCAACCGAAGCAGGAAGAACUACAAUAGUCGAAGUUGGUACUGUAACCGCUGAAGCAUCUGCUUCAGUAGUGGAAGAGACUACGGUAACUACUGAAGCGUCUACCGUAACCACUGAACCUGUUAGCGCGGAGACUACAACAACUGAACGUGCGGAAGCGUCUACGGUAAAUAUACCGCAGGAGAUUCCACGGGCUUGGGCAGCUCCAUUAAAGGAAAUUUCUGAAGCAGACGAAGGCAGUGGAACCGAGGUGGAACGUACGGAGAUCGAAGCUCACGAUGAAUCAUCGAACAUUCCACGUGAAAUUGAUCCAGAAAAAUUGGAGAAAGUCAUUAGCACAAUGGAGAAAAUGAUAGAGAAUUUGGAGAAGUUACAAGUUGUAGAACCAAAGAAGGAGGAGACGAAGAAAGAGGAAAAGAAGGAGAAAGAAGCAGAAAUAAAGGAGAAAGAGAAGAUAAAGCAAGUGAAAAAGGAUGGCGGCAAAGAGAAGGAGGGUUUGAAGAAGAAGGGAAAGGCAAAGGAAUCUCUUGUGAGGAUUAAUGAGAAGGUAAAAGAAGACGCUGAAACCGUGACAGCUAUGGAAGGGGAUUUUGAUGAGGCGACCAACAAAAACCUGCCAAGCACUGAUAUCAAGCCACCUGAGGAGGAAUGUGAUGAGGAAGCAAGCGGAGAAAUUGCGAGAACCCUUACAUCAAACGAGGAAGUUAUGAGGAAUGCUAUAGAUACAGAAGAUGUAGAUGAUCUUACUGAAAAGGAGGCACAUAUUCAGGAUUUUCUAACCACGUUAAGAACAUUUCUUAGCCGAGCGGAGCACAGCGAUUUGAGAAAACUUCUCGACGAACAUCCGGAGAAGACGCUUCUCGAGAAGAUGAAGCUUGCCAUCAAAGCAGCCAAUGAACGUGAAUUUGAACGGAUGAAGGAACUUGAGCUGAUGAAGAAACAUGGAGUGGAUAUCUCUCAUGACAUCUGGAACGUUUCUCUCGAAGAGCAUCUGACUGUGUUCGGAGUAAGCAAAAUCUAA